AUGAUGUUUAAUGGUGCUUCUCAGGGCAAUCCAAUUCCUUCUUCAAACUAUUAUGCAGCAUCCUGGUCUCCUCAACCUCAAUCCACCAUAUCAUUCAGUACUGCACCAGAUAAGAAGGUGCAUGUUCAAAGUUCUGUCAGGGUAGCAGAUCCAAGCUUUAGGCCAUUCAUGUCUCAAACUCCGCAUGUUACAAAUCAGCCGAUGCAGAGAAGGCAUUAUGGUCAGGCUUCUUCGUUUGGAAACAAGCACAGUGAGAUCGCUAAGAUAGUCCAGAAAGUUCUGCAACCACUGGUUAAACAAUACCCUUUGUGGAAUCCACCUUCAAGAGAUUAUAUGAGCACAGCAUUGGAAUGCCAGAUGUGUGGAAUUAUCAUCAGUGAACUGCACUCUACUGGUUUGUGA